AUGUCACUGCUUCUCUUUCAGCUGUUAGUGCUCUCGUGUGUUGGAGCCACAGAGCCAGAUGGAGAUUCACCACAAAAGAAAAUCAGAAGGACAUUUCAGCACCUCCUCUAUCUGGACAAAACACUGCUUGAAAGUCAGAAUUUUCAUGAGCUGGCAGGAGAAAACCCUGUAGGUGUCGAGGAAACCCCAGGAGAACCAAGCUUUUUUGUAGCAAUUCCACAGACAGCAUUUAAAACUGAGAAGCAAAAGGACAAAAAAAUGUCCAGAUUCAUCCUUCCUGAUACAAAACUCCAUGUAGAGCAAGGCCUGAGAACCUGGGCAGCACCCAGAGAGAUCUCUUCUCUGGAAAACCUCUCUCCACCCCCUUUUUCCAGCAAGAGGGAGGCUGAACCUUCCUAUAGAAGAGAUGCCAAGAAAUUCUGGGAUCACUUCAUGUUAAAGAAAAAUUCAGCAUCUGAAGAGGUUGUCCUGCCAAUCAAGACCAAUGAAAUGCACCAACAAAACUGCAGAACCCUGCCUUUUUCCCAGGGUGUUACUCAUGAGAGCUGUGAGAAGGUGAUGGUGCAGAAUAAUCUGUGCUUUGGAAAAUGUAGUUCCUUCCAUGCUCCUGGUUCAGAAGAUCAUCUUCAUACAUUUUGUUCUCAUUGCUUGCCCAGCAAGUUCUCCAUGAAGCGCCUGGAUCUCAACUGCGCUGGUUCUGUUCCAGUGGUCAAAGAAGUCAUGAUUGUGGAAGAGUGUAAAUGUGAGACUCAGAAGAUUAAAGGCCCUGCAACUGGAUCUCUACGAUCAGACUUGCAUGCAAAUGUACAUCAGCACUAUUAA